AUGAUAAAUCAAAUUGAUCAUCGAAACUCAUUCAGAUACCUCCAAAGAACAAUUGCUUAUGUUCGCCGUGUAUUUCAUCGCACACAAUCACCAACAAGAACACUUUCUCCAAAGGAAUUACGAGAUGCAUUAGUCUUCAUAAUUAAAACUAUUCAGGGCUCAGAAUUUGCAAAGGAAAUCUCUGCUUUAAAACAAUGUAAAGCAGUCAACAGUUCGAGUCAACUAAAUACUUUAGCACCGUUCAUUGACGAACAAGGUGUACUUCGUGGUGGAGGAAGGCUUGAAGCAUCAACAUUGCCAUAUGAUGCUAAACACCCAAUGGUAAUUCCUUACAAUCACUCAAUAGUGAAAUUGAUGUUCAAAAUGAAACAUGAAGAAAAUUCCCAUUGUGCUCCACAAUUAUUGCUAAGCAUAAUGAAACAAAACUUCUGGCCGAUUAAAGGAAAGAUUAUGGCGCGAAACAUUGUUCACAGCUGUGUCAUAUGUUCAAAGGCAAAACCAAAACUGAUGGACCAACUCAUGGGCAACUUACCGACUGACCGAGUUACUCUGACUAAACCAUUUUUUACCACAGGAGUUGAUUACUGUGGUCCGAUAUGGAUUAAUUAUAAAAUUAGAGGAAAAAGGCCAACAAAGGCAUAUUUAGCAGUAUUUUGCUGUUUCGCGACUAAGGCUGUUCACCUAGAAGUGGUGAGCGACCUGACAACAGAGGCAUUCAUAGCCGCUAUUCAACGUUUUAUCACCAGAAGAGGAAGAUGCCAAACAAUUUAUAGUGACAAUGCGACUAACUUUGUUGGGGCGAGAAACCAACUACAAGAGCUCCAGUCUACCAUUUAUUCAGAAAAUGGUAAAGAAAAGAUCAUUAAAACCAGUAGUAACAAGGGAAUUGACUUCAAAUUCAUUCCACCAAGAGCUCCUCAUUUUGGAGGACUAUGGGAAGCUGCCGUCAAGUCAGCUAAACAUUUAAUGAUUUAA